GGUUAUCACCCGAAUUACCACUUUGGCAGUGUCAAGGCACUUGCCGAACUCCCAGAGGACUGCGCACGCCUCAGCAGCCCAAGCGUUUCUCUAUUUCCCUCCUUACUGCAGCCAUCAUGCUUGGACUCUUCGAUAUGAUGAUGUUGUUAGGGUCAUUGGCCUUGUCACUGGCCAUCUUGGUGCCAUUAGCUGGCGCAUUAGUGCGCUUCAGAGCGCACUACAACCCAAAGGGUCUGCAACUUGAUGCAGAGGGCGGUGUGCAGCCUCAUACUGGCCCAGUCAUCUCAUCCUUCUUUUCAAUGUUGAGAAGGGUACAUAGAAUCGAGGGUUGGCCAGGACUAUACAAGGGAUUGAUGCCUACGUUGUUGUCAACUCUCGUCAUCACCUUCUUCUUGAUGAUAUUUUUGAGUGACAGCAACCUUCGCCAUGGAACAUACAGCGCCCCUGAUACAGGCGUUGUCGGCAUACUCGUCUAUAGCAUUUUCGCCAUGCUUGUUUCUCUUCCUCAAGUAAUCAUCACGAACCGCGCAAUUACAACACCUCACAAGUUGCCGUACUUGAACCCGAUUUACUCACUCCGUGUUCUCCUGACACCCACCGAACGUCGGAGACCUUGGAUUCUCUAUCUCACUCCCGGUCUCCUUACCGCCCAAGUCGCCCACAUCGCCUACAUUGUUCUUGGUUUGCGAUCGAUCCGGCAGCUUCUUCUCCCGGAACUCGCGAACCCAGGCAUGCCUCGCAGAGAAGAAAUUUCCCCUGUCAAACUCGUCAUAUUCUUUGUCAUCACGCUUCUGAGCACAAUUAUCCUAACCCCUUUGGAAGUUAUUGCCAUCAGACUGUCUAUCCAACGGAACCACGCGGCCCCUGAGUUCAAUUCGAUCUCACAAGAGGAAGAAGGCGAUGCUGAAGAAGCAACCGAGUAUGCCGGUAUGGAAGAGGAUGUCAUUGGCCUGAGAACCGAGAGGGAGCCAUAUGUCGGCUUGGUUGAUUGCGGGAAGAGGAUUAUCGAAGAGGAAGGAUGGGGUGCUUUAUAUCGUGCAUGGUGGUUGACGACAUUGGGCAGCCUGAGCGGUGCAUUCUCAUAAAGAUUUUCAAUUUUCUGGUCCAUACCGAAUUCUUCUCCCUUCGCCCUUCCCUCCUUCCCCCCACUGGUGCAUAUCCCGAUUCGCGAAGGCGCCUUUCAAACCGGAAACAUACUAUGCACAUUGUAUUACCGUUGUACUUGGCUGCCCCUGUUAAUUUCAUCUGUCAAUUGCCCACAUCUUACUUCAUGUAUUCGAUGGGUGUGGCAUGGUCCGAUUGAUCUGUUGCGUACAACAAUG